AUGGCGGAAGAACAAGAGAGAAAGAAGAGGGUUGUGGUUGAAUCGCUGGUAUGGCUAACGGAAUCAUCAAUCAUGUCCAAGAAACAACGCUCAAUCGAAGGAGUGGAUCCAUCUUCUAUCUUGGAACUCAAAGCCCAGCUCUAUAAAUCCCAGGAAGAAUCCAAAAAGUCCAAAGAAUUGAACGGUCAUGAUGUUGAGGUCCACUGCGCCAAGAAGAAGAUUACCUCACGUGAUUCCUUCUCCUCCAAGAACUCCGGCGUCGAAGGCCGCCCUCUCAAAUACCUUCCUUUCCCUUUCUGGGUUUUCAUUGAAUUGCUUAGAUUAGCUCAGUUUCAGGCUUCAAAAAAUUACCACUUGGACAAGCUUGAGUUGAAAGCGGUGAAGGAUGGGUCGGCAGGCUAUGCGGAAACAGGGCAGCCUCCUCAAGCUGGUGAUGUUUCUGUCCCCUCAGCAGCACAAGACGAAGCAAGUGAGAAUGAUGCUCCUACCAUCCAAUUUUCUUCGACUUCUUUACAACUUCCAAGAGAAUAA